GAAGUUGCCGAAGUAUGCCUGGACAGGGUAGAUUUAAAAUAAAAGUAAUACGUCUAAUGCCGUCAAAACAAGAGUAACUUGUACUUUCGGUAUAUACGAAUUUGUCUACGGGUAGUAUUUCUACAUGUGCAAUGUGCAUGAGUAAAAUGGAUAUUUUGUUCGGUAUAGUUUCGGUUUUACUAAUCGGACGUAUUGCUUAUGUACGCACACAGGCCGCUCUUGAUCCGGUUAACGUUCCCAACGGGACACUUCCUGAACCGGCUGCCCAAGCACCCGUUCCCACUGAGGUUAAACUUACCGGCAACGCCUCAAACUUCCAGCUGCAACUAUCCGGUGCUUCCGGUGUUAAUCUCACCGGUAAUCUGACGGACUUAGUAACUAAUCUCGCUAAAAACGGUUCCAAUCCGGAAUGGGCAUUAACGGGAACUGUACUGCAUGCUGCAGCCGGCGAUCAGCCUAUAGAAGCGUCAAAUUCUUCAACCAGUGCGCCUGUGGACAACGCGGCACCGGCACCGUCUGCUCCAGUUGCACAAAAUAGCGGUGGUGUUAACAGCGUACCGAGUCUGCCAGCGGCGCCAGAACUAAUGAACACCUCUGAUUUAUUACUGACCGGUUUGUCGAGCAACGUAACCGUUGCCCCACCAGAGUUACUAACGACGCCCAGCUCCGUCACAGUGCCUAUUGCCGUGCCUGCAGGAACAGAGGCACCACCUGUAUUACCGCAACCUGGGACUUCCAGCCCAGCGGUUAAAGAGACAGUCGCUAACGCCACGGUUGCGACACCGAUUCCUCAAAAUCCUGUGCAACGGGAAAGCCAGGAAACGCUGAACGUAACCGCUGUGCCAACCGUUGCGCUAGGCAAUGUCACUAAUGUUUCGGUGGCAUUAUUCAACCAGACGACAACCUCGGCACCAGUUAAUACCACUGCCGCACCGGUCCCUUUUCAACGCCCACCGAUGUUUCCGCAACCUUGUGUCAACAUUAUGCCGGGUUGUGGAUUUAUGGCGGAAUCGCCGCGACUGCGAUUUGAAAUGAUGGGCGGAUAAUUUAUGUCCGAGUAACUCCGAACUGCCAACUCAGCCGGGAAGUUGCUGCUUGUCACAUAUUUGGGCGGGAUAACUCCAAUUUUUUAGCAAGUAUUUUAAUUUCCAUUGCGGCGCAUUCUGUUUUACGUUGCAUAAUAAAAGAACACCAGUUC